CUUAGCCUCGCUCUUGUUUUGUAGAUCUUUGUGUUCCCCGGGUAGUGUCAGUCUCCCUCAUCUGGAACAUUCCUGCUGUACAUGCCUGGUCAUAUAUGCCACACACUAUCUUGUAUGUUUCCACUUGGUCCCCACGAGAUCUUCUGUACGCCAGUGUCGGUAACUGCAAUUUCCUUAGUCUUUCCUCAUAAGAUAAAUCCUUGAUCUGUGGUACUGCCCAGCCGCUUGGCGUCGCCACCGUCGUGGUGGAUUCAAAAGAAUGAAUCAUCCUUCUCUCGUAUUAUAGCAUCCUUGUCCAGAGUGAUCUUGUUUACUUGAUUUUGUAGUUGGUGGAGGGAACUUGUGCGGCAAUGAUCAACGCUACCACUAAAAACACACAUGUCAGGAUGUCUUGCUGCUGUGCUGAAGGAUGUCAGAAUGGUGAAGGAUCUGGGAGAAGUUUCUUUCGCUUCCCGAGAAAUCCUGAGCAGAGGAAGAUAUGGGAGAGUCGUGUAGGACGGGAAGGAUGGCGGUCGACCCUCACCACUGUGUUGUGUUCUGAUCAUUUUGUGAAGACUGACUAUGAGGUUUUUCCUGACCUAUUGAAGACAAAAUGUGACAUAGAUCUUGACCUCGUGAAGCUUGAGGAUGAGAAGGAUCCUCUUGACCCGUUGAGCAGUGUGUGUACUUCAGGACAACCCAGGCUGAAGGAAGGUGCUGUUCCCUCCUUCUUUAUGUGUGGCUUGAGGGAGACCACCAACAUGCAGGUGGACACAGAGCAAAUGGCUACAAUAAAAGAAGAAAUAGACUUCGAAUUUAUAGAGAUUAAAGAAGAGAAAUUAGAUUUUGUAGUGGAAGAAGAGGGCACAGAGUUCAGUGAAGCAGACAAAUGUGAAGUCCAGCAGCAUGACAGUAGCUCAGCAGAGACUGAUACCUGUACACAGGAAGACCGUCUCUCAUGUAUUGAGUAUUCUUCCUACACUGAUACCACUGAGCAGUCCAUUGUAACGCCCCAACCAACAUCAUCUAAACUAACCAGUUUGAGAAUUAAGCAGGAAGAGAUGAAUAUUGAGCAAAUUGGUGGUGGUCCUCUGCCAAACACCCUCGGGUCCACGAUGAGCCUUGAACUCACUGUGUGUAACAGUGUUGUUGAGACAUAUGCAUCACACCCAGUGAAUGAAGCAGGAGACCCCAUAAUGGAUGUGAAAAUUUCCUUUGGUAAAUGUCAGACGCUGUGGAACAAAGUCGGUCGGUCAGCAGUGACAGCAGAAACUGUCAAAGCGGAGUUCAAGCUACAACUGAUUAGACCAAACCCAACAAGGUGGAACUCUACCUUCCGGGCUGUUGAGCGGAUACUGCACAUAAAUCAGAAUCAAGGAGAAGAUGCCAUUAAAAAUAUAUGUUCAUCAUUCAGUAUUAAAAUGCUGAGUCCUGUAGAGUUGGAGUUCCUGACAGAAUACCUGUAUCACACAAUGAUGAAAUCAGUGAGUAAGGCAUUGGACAUGCUGCAGUCUGAAGCCAGCACUCACAUGGGAUGGUUGCUUCCUAUACUCUACCAACUUAAAACAAAUUUUGAUAAGAUCUACAUUUCUGCAAAGCUGUGUCGUCCCCUUAUUACUGCCUUUACGUCAGGAAUAGAGAAGCGGUUUGCAACCAUGUUGGAGGAUCCAAAACUCAUUGCUGCUGCCAUUUUACGCCAAAAUUUGAGAAUCUAUGGACCAGCCAGGAUUCUGUUCUCCAUAAAGGAAUGGAUUACACUUUGUUUGAGGUGGAGAAGUUAUACUAUGAGAGCUCCACCAAUAAAGAAGAUUUCUUACACCAGUCAGGCCUCAGCAUCUGUGUGUAGGAAGGAGAGAGUUAAAUUCAUACUUAGCCAAGUCUUUUAAUACCAAUAUGGAGAAGCUCAGGUCUUUUCCGUCCCUUCUGGAAUUAUCCGUACGACUGAAUGUACUAAUGCCUGCUUCUGCUGCCUGUGAGAGACUAUUCUGUGUUGAUGUACCAGUAUUCGGCCCAAAGCGAGCAAGACUUGAUUGCAGAAAUUUUGAAAACCAAUUGUUGUUGAAGCUUAAUAAGAUGUUUUGCUCCUAAUGAAGUUUGUUGGUCAGGUGUGUACAGUAUUUGUCUGUUCAUAUGAGAAACCUCAUUUGUUCAGAAUUGUAAGUCCAGUUACUCUGUUUUGGUGUACAGUAUAUGUCAAUACAUGAAAUUCUGGUCACCUUUAGAGGCAAAUGUUCUUUCAUGCAAUUUAUGCCAGGUAAACCAGCAACAUACGGGCUAAAGAUAUUUGUUUUGGUUACCAUUAAAUCUUUUUUUCUCAAUUAUGAAAGUGGACUAGGGGGACCAGGGGACCCAACCACCGGGACCUUUAGUUUGGAUAAUUCAGCAGCAGCAGUGGUAUAAUGGUUUCUGUUGAAGAAUCAGAAACAGACAGUAAUUGACACUGAGGAAGAACAAAAAAGAACCACCUUCUCAAUUUGUAGCCACAAGAAUUUGAGUCAAAUAUACAAGUUUGGUUGCCACAAAGAUGUUACACUAACUUCAUAUAUUCUCCAAAAAAGGUAAUACUGUACUGUUCUCCUUCUCAGCAUCAUGAUGCUACAAUUGAUUCAGACAAUGAAAAAAGACAGAGAUGAUUACCUUCUAUAACAGUAUGAGGGAGGGGUGGACAGUUGUACACCUUCUAUUACAGUAUGAGGGAGGGGUGGACAGUUGUACACCUUCUAUAACAGUAUGAGGGAGGGGUGGACAGUUGUACACCUUCUAUAAGAGUAUGAGGGAGGGGUGGACAGUUGUACACCUUCUAUAACAGUAUGAGGGAGGGGUGGACAGUUGUACACCUUCUAUAACAGUAUGAGGGAGGGGUGGACAGUUGUACACCUUCUAUAACAGUAUGAGGGAGGGGUGGACAGUUGUACACCUUCUAUAACAGUAUGAGGGAGGGGUGGACAGUUGUACUCUACAAUAUAUAUGGCAUUUCCAGAAACAGUUGAUGGUGGCCUUUUACAGGUUACACUCUAUCUACACCAUACUAAACGUUGGAUGAAUAAAUUCUUGAGGUGUAAAGUAAUGAAGUACGGGGGGUUCGCUGGUUACGAACGGGUUUCAUUCCUGAGGACGUUCUUAAGUCAGAUUUGUACAGUCUCGUUCAAGAUUCUUUGAACACUGCUGGAGACAGCUAGCAACUCAA